CGCCCCCUCGCCACUCCGCUCCCUGGCGUGACUCGGCACGGAGAGCCCCGGGAGGAGCUCGGCGAUCGCCACCUCCUCUGUCCAGGCCUCGGCCUUCCUCUCCCGGGUCCUCGUCUUGUUUCGAAGCCGGUGGCGUUGCGACCUCCCUGACGGGCUCUCUGAGAAUGGUGGGAGUGAAGCCGGUCGGGAGCGACCCGGAUUUCCAGCCGGAGCUGAGCGGCGCGGGCUCCAGACUCGCCGUGGUCAAGUUCACCAUGCGAGGGUGUGGGCCAUGUUUAAGGAUUGCCCCAGCAUUCAGUACUAUGAGUAACAAGUACCCACAGGCAGUUUUCUUGGAAGUAGAUGUACACCAGUGUCAGGGAACAGCUGCCACCAACAAUAUAUCAGCAACACCUACAUUUUUGUUUUUUCGAAACAAAGUAAGAAUUGAUCAAUAUCAAGGAGCAGAUGCUGUGGGAUUAGAAGAAAAAAUCAAGCAGCACUUAGAAAAUGACCCUGGAAGCAAUGAGGACACAGAUAUUCCAAAAGGCUAUAUGGAUUUAAUGCCUUUUAUUAACAAAGCUGGCUGUGAAUGUCUUAAUGAAAGUGAUGAGCAUGGAUUUGACAACUGUUUACGAAAAGACACGACCUUCCUGGAAUCUGAUUGUGAUGAACAGCUGCUUAUUACUGUGGCAUUCAAUCAACCUGUUAAGCUUUAUUCAAUGAAAUUUCAAGGGCCAGAUAAUGGUCAGGGUCCUAAAUACGUAAAAAUUUUUAUCAAUCUACCCCGAUCUAUGGAUUUUGAAGAAGCGGAAAGAAGCGAACCAACUCAAGCUCUGGAACUAACAGAGGAUGAUAUUAAAGAAGAGAGCAUUAUUCCACUUCGUUAUGUUAAGUUUCAGAAUGUUAACAGUGUAACUAUAUUUGUUCAGUCCAAUCAAGGUGAAGAAGAAACCACGAGAAUUUCCUAUUUUACUUUCAUUGGUACUCCAGUCCAGGCAACAAAUAUGAAUGACUUCAAACGAGUCAGGAGAAGCAGAGAUUAAACAUCUACAUUUUUAUGAUAUGAACUUUUUUAAUCCAACUCAAAUGAACUAAAAACAGAAGAUUUUUAAAAAUGAAGUAAUAUAAAGUGACCUUAUCUCACUCUACUCCCCUCCUUGCUUCUCUGCCCAUCUUGCACCUGUCUGCUCUCACCCUUCCCAUGUCUCAUCAUUGCUGGUGCGAGAUCUCUGCAGCUUCCGCCAUCUGGACCGGCCUUACUGUUCACUAGGUUUCCUCAACCACCUCUUUCUUCAGAUCUCACUCCAGUCGUGUUUCUCAACUGGCUUUUUAUUUUGUUUCUGUUUUUGUUUUGGGCUUGCAGCGAGGUGCUUUGAUUUCAUUCCCAUACUGGGUUGCUCCCCUGACAUUUUUUUUUAAAAACUUUCGUCCUGUCUCAUAUUUAAUUUUGUACUACCUUUUGAGAAAUAAUAUUGCAAUAAAACUGGCAUUGUUGUAAAUGGUUUCAGAUUUAACUAGUUGUUGGAUAAUGUUUUGAUCCAAUCUAAAGUUUAAAUUUUAAUUUUUAGGAACCAUAGAAUCAUUUUGGGAAACAAGUAUAAACCAUUUCAUCAAAUUCUUUUAUCCUAGUUGUAGUAUAAUUAUUGAUUAGGCUGUAGUUGAGAGAUGUGCUCCCCCCCAUCAUUGGAACUGUAGCCCAGAAGUGAUUAUGCUUACUAACUGUGGGUGUGUCCUCUGCUUUGCCUGCCCAGAGGGGGCUCAAGGCCAGUUGAAAGACUUAUGGACUGAAUGGUAGACUGGUUUAAAAUAUUAACAUAGAAGGAAAAUGGACUCUGUACUGAAGAAAUAUUUUUGACACCUAAUUUUGAUGUACCUAGACUUUUGUUUGUCUGAGGUGUUAAUAUAAAAACUUAAAAUGAAUAAAAGAGUUUUAUGUUUGGGGUGAG